UCAGGAACAUGCAGUUGGACUACGCACAUUAGUGGGUGUGUCUUCUGAGGAGGAAACUGUAGAGGCUCGAUCCCUGUGGGGUUAUUAAGAGAGAGAGAGAGAGAGAGAGAGAGAGAGAGAAUGAUGCCAGGGUGUAGCAGCUCUCCGGUGAAAACUGUGCACUCUUUUUUGUUUGGACGUCUUCCCGAGCAGCGAGCAGCAGACAGAAAGUGUGUGUGAAAUCAGAAGCAGAGCCUGACAACGCCGCUGCAUCAUGAAGUCUCAGCAGAAAUGCAUCGUGAUCUUUGCUCUCGUGUGCUGCUUCGCCGUCCUGGUGGCGCUGAUAUUUUCAGCCGUGGACGUGUUGGGAGAAGACGAAGACAUCCUCAACGGCGAUAACUGCAGUGAUAUCUGCCAGGUGGUGCUUGUGGAAAAUAUCCCAGAAGACAUCUCCAUUUCUCACGAGGGUACCACGUCCCUGACCGCUGGACUCCACAGCCUUCUGGACCUGGCUCAGAAAUCGGUGGAAGUUGUGUCACCGUGGUGGGAUCUCAACUCCACAGAGCAGGACGCUCGGUUUCCCCAAGCCAAGCAGGGUCGACUGUUACUCCACCGGCUGAUGGGUCUGAAAGCUCAGGGUGUUCAGCUGAAGGUGACCAGCGGGAUGCCGCCGUCUCCGGAGCUCGAGCUGCUGUCUCAUUACGGUGCGGAUGUGCGUUAUCUGAACAUGACUGCUCUCACCGACGGCGACCUCCGUUCCUCCUUCUGGGUGGUGGACAGGAAGCACAUGUACAUUGGCAGCGCUGCUAUGGACUGGAGAUCUCUGUCUAUGCUGAAGGAGCUCGGCCUCAUCGUUUACCAGUGCAGAUGUUUGGCUGUGGACCUGCACAGGAUCUUCAACCUCUACUGGCAGCUGGAGUACAAGGAGUUUGUCCCGGCGAUAUGGUCCAAGCGUCUGAGCGCCCUCUACAGCAAGGAUGAGCAUUUCUCUUUUCAGCUCAACGGAUCCCAGGCCACAGCCUACGUCUCGAGCUCUCCGAAUGUCUUCCGGCCCAAAGACCGCACCACGGACCUUGAGGCCAUUUUCCGCGUCAUUCAGGAGGCCAAGCGCUUCAUCUACAUAUCCAUGACGGAUUAUCUGCCUCUCCUGAGCAGCAACACACACAGUAAGUACUGGUCACGUAUCGACGGCAUGCUGCGCGAGGCUCUGAUCCUGAAGCACAUCAAAGUACGUCUGCUGGUCAGCUGCCGAGAGCAAACGCACCCGCUCACCUUCAACUUCCUGUGGUCCUUACAGAGCCUCUGUGUCCCGACCAACAGCUGCUCCAUGGAGGCGAGGUUCUUCAGUCCUCGAGUGCGAGACGACGGUUCGACUCAAGGAGUCCAGCAUCACAGAUACGUGGUGACUGAUAACUCCGUGUAUAUAGGGAAUCUGGACUGGGUCGGGAAGGAGUUUGUGUUUAAUGCCGGAGCGGGCCUGGUGGUCAGUGAGCCGGGGAGAAGCUCGGGCCUGUCGGAGCGGGUGAAGUGGGUGUUCGACAGAGACUGGCACUCGGUCUACGCUAAACCUCUGCAGCCCAACAAGAUCCCCACCUGCAGCUCGAGCACCGCCGUGUCUAAAGGUCACCCAGGACACACAGAGGACUCGGGCAGUCCCAACGCCUCUCUGUGAGCGCUGACAGACUGAACCGACUCGUCUCGUAUCGAGUCCUUUCCUCGUGCCAUCUCUACACUCUCUUCAGUUUCACUCCCAGUUUAUAAAGAAGGUGAAAAGAUGCUGUGUUUUAUUUCUUCAUAACAGACCUGAGUGCUAAUAAUGGAGCUUAAAACCUGCCUCAUGAUCCUUUAACUUCACCCCUUAAUGGAAACUACAUGAAAACGUACUGUUUAUUUAACCCUUUAUAUCUGAUCUACAAAUAAAUCCCAUCUCCAUCAGGAUGACAAACACUACAUCUAAAACAUUACACAGAAACUUUAUGGUCUCUGUAGAUAGAAUAAAAACAAAAAGAAAAGACAUUAGAGAUCUGACAAAUAGAUACAGAAAGAUAGACGUCUGUACUACACAUUAAUUACUGAAUUAUCCUCUGUUUGUUUACUCAUCUUACUUUCAUUCUUUAUAUUUUUUUAUUUAUUUGUUUGUUUGUCUGCUUCCACAUCAACAGAAUAAUUAAAAAAAAAAAAAAACAAGCAAUCAGUUAACUAGAAACUGUAUGUUUAUUUAUUUGUUUGUUUGUUUAUUUUUUGAUUGUUUGUUUUUACCUUGAUAAACGGGU